GUUAGGUAUUUCUGUUUAAAAAGUCAACUGUGUACAUUGUGCUCGAAAGAAGUAUCAUUAGUUAGUAAAUAAACAUGUAUCAAAAUUCUCCACGUGAAAAAUAUUAUUUCUACAAUAGUUUGUCAAUUUUAUUAAAAGCUCUCGAAAAUAAACAAACGACAAUAGACUUGAGAAAUGAAGCCUCGGUUUAUGGUACCAUAGAACAUGUGGAUGCAUAUAUGAAUGUCAUGAUGAAAGACUGUUUAUUUACGGAUCCAAGAGGCGAUAAGUUCCCCUUCGAAAUGUUUUUUGUUCAAGCAAGAAACAUACGAUUUGUGCAAAUACCACCAAAGGUACGCAUUAUACCAGCUAUCAAGGAUCAGCUACAGCAAUUAAAUCAAUGCAAAAGCAAUAGGAAAGAUACAAAACGUACUUUUAAAGAAAAACGUGUCCAAUUAAGGCAACAAGAAGGAGUGUUAGCUGUACAAAAUAUGUUAGAAACCAAGAAAGCCAAGGAGCCUAAAAAUAGUAAAGAUGAAUAACUCAUAAUCAUUAAUAAUUCUAAUGAACAUUGAUGAAUUAUUUACAAUUUAUACAAUGCACAUAUUCUUUGAACACUAAAAAGAUUGUUAAAUUUUUGAAUAUAUUUCUAGUGUCGUAUAUACCUUAUUCCAUAUAUAAAAAAUAUAGAAAAAAAUAACAUAAACAUUUUGUGUUAUACAAAUUUGAAUUAUAUAAGUCACAUUGUAUGAAUGUAUGCAAGAUGUAUAAUUAUAUACAAAAGCAAUAUCAGUUUACAAUGUAAAUUAGGUAUUUAUGCGUAAUAUUUAAAAAAAAAUACACCAAAUAUAUUGUCAUUACCAACUAAUUAAAUUCAUUUAUGCGAGGUUGUAUUUCCAUAUAUUGUAAUUACAUAUAGAUGAAUUUUGUCUUUAGUAAAUAUUAGUAAAGUUGAUGUAUAAAUUACAUUAAUUACAUAAUUAAAUGUUUGUAAAUAUGUGUGUACUUUUUAUGUUAAAAUUAAUAAUAUACAGUUUGUUACUAAUAACAGAAAUAUCUUAACACAAAAAUAGGCAAUAUCUAUUUUUUAGCAUAUUUACAUAUUGUUGAUACAUAUAUAAACGUAAUAAAGUUUAUAUUAAAUCUAUCUAAAAGAAGGCACUCUGAAUUAGUUCAUUAGAUUGGAAUAACCACCAGCUCAGUAAUAUUUGUUUGGCUAAUUAGUACAAAAAUAGUGAGAAGUCUUAAUUUAGUUAUUUAUAAAGAAGCUUGUGCCUUAUAAAUUAUUAUGAUUUUCCAUAAUUAUCUUUCAUAUAAUAAUGUAAUAUUUUUGAAUGUUUGCAUAUAGUUCAUUCUCAAGUGUAUGUAUAAGAAAAAAUAUUAUAUAAUCAGGAUAAUGUUCAUUGUACAGAUUUCAAACCAUAUUUUUAAAUUAUAUUCAAUACAUUUGAUAUAUUUUAAAUAAUAUUGACUACCACAAUUGCAUGCAUAGUUUAUGUUGUCUAUCAUCAUACUCCACAGUUUUUUAAUAAAAACUUAUUAAAUUAUUUAAUUAUUAAAUUAUUAAAUUAUUAAAUUAUUAAAUUAUUUAAAUACUGUAAUUUCAUAGUUGAUGAUUAAUUGUUUAACUAUAUGUCAAUAUUUUAUUGUCAUAAAACAAAUAUAAAAAUAUAAGAACAUUAAGUAAUUAGAUCAUCUCUUAAUCAAAAAGUUGAUGAAUAGUUAUGAUAUUUAAAAAUAAAAAUAUUUAAAAAUAAAAGAUUUUUUUCAUUCAUACAUGUUAAAAAACCGCGUAAUAUAAAAUUUUGUAUUUUCACCAUAAUAAGUAACAAAAUUAAUGAACAUAAAAUGUUAUUUUCUUUCUAUAGCAAGGGCAAUUCCCAUUCCCCCACCAACACAUAAUGCUGCAAUGCCUUUUUUCCCUCCUAUUCUUUCUAAUGAAUGAAGUAAAGUUACUAAAAUUCUAGCUCCUGCAAAAUAUAAAUUUAUAAUAUAAUAUAGAGUACUUUCAUUAUUAUAGCUUGUGAUACAUACCAGAGGCUCCAAUAGGAUGACCUAAAGCAAUAGCACCACCAUUGAUAUUAACUUUAUUAGGAUCUAAAUCAAGUUUUCUGAUGCAUGCCAGUGAUUGUGCAGCAAAUGCCUCAUUCAAUUCGUAGAGAUCUACUUCAUCUUUACUCCAUUUGGUUUUUUGUAACUAAAAUACAUGAGUAUAAUGCAUAUUGUAUUUGGUAGAUCAAGAUAGAUUAUUACUUUUUUUUUUCUCUAAAAAUACAAUAUACAAUAAUGGAACUUACAAGUAAUUCAAUUGCUGGUAUUGGACCUAUACCCAUAACAUUUGGUUCUACUCCACUCUCAGCUAUUCCAACGAUUUGAGCCAAAGGAAUUAUGUCUCUUUUGAUCGCUUCUUCCUUUGUCAUAAGAACUACUGCGGCUGCUCCAUCAUUUAUACCUGAUGCAUUACCAGCAGUAACAGUUCCAUUAACCUAAAAAUAGUUAUGAUAUUGUUUAUUUUUCUUCUUCUUUUGUAUUUGUCCUUGCAUGUUUCUAGUACCUUAAUAAAAACUGGUUUCAAUUUGGAAAGAUCCUGUAUAGUAGUUGAAGGUUUAGGAUAUUCAUCCUUAGAUAUAAGAAUAGAUUCUUUUUUGUUCAAUAUUGUUACAGGAACAAUUUCCUUAUCAAAAUGUCCUGCUGAAAUGGCAGCUGCUGCCUUUUGUUGAGAUAAUAUCGCAUAAAGAUCUUGUUCUUCUCUAGUUAUUCCAAAAUCCUUAGCAACAUUUUCAGCUAUUUAAAAAUCAUUAAAAAGAAUAUUUUAUUUCAUCUCCUCUUUUGAGAUUAUACAUAAAUACAUUAAUUUGUAUUUAUCGAUUUUGAUUUUUAAAUUUACCUGUCACUCCCAUAUGAAUAGAAGUAAAUGCAUCAACUAAUCCGUCGUAUAAUAAUGUAUCAACAAAAUUACAAUCUCCCAUUUUGACACCAUUUCUAAGAUAAAUUGUGUGUUGCGCUUGGCUCAUGCUUUCUUGACCUCCAGCUACAAUAAUAUUACUCUCUCCACUUUUUAAAGAUAGGUAACCAUUUGCAAUUGCUCUAAUAACAAUAAUAAGUAAAUGAAAUAUAAAAUAAAAAAUAUUUAUACAACUUAUUAAUAUAAUAAUUAUUUAUAUGGCGUACAUUCUCAUAAUGAUACAUAUAAACUGGUAUAAUAGUGUGUCAAGAAAUUUGAUGUAAUUAAAGAAUUGAUGCAAACAACUUUAUCAUUUUGAAAAAUCAGCAAAAAGUAUGAGUGUUUUUUUUAUAAAAGAAAAUAGAAUUUUCUAUUUUUAGGCUUUUAUGAGAAUCUUUUCAAGUUAAGCAAAAGAUUAAAUAAAGAAUAAAAGAUGACUUCAUGUCUAUAGGCAGGGUCAUAUUAAAAUGAAGUAGCUUUUCUGAAGAAACAUUACUUAUAUAACUUAUAUAACAACUUACUUCAAUCCAGAACCACAUAACAUAUUGACUUGAUAAGCUGGAACACGUACAGGAAAUUCUGCUUUAAUAGCUGCUUGUCUAGCUGGAUUUUGACCUUGACCUGCUGUUAAUGUCUACGAAAUAUAAUGAAACAUUACGGUAUUGUUAUAUGGUUAAACUAAAAUAUAUUUAUAAAAUAUAUUACCUGUCCUAAAAUUACUUCAGACACAUCAGAUGGAUUUAAAUUUAUUCUUGUAAGACAUUCUUUAAUAACAAUGCUUCCUAAAUCUGAUCCUUUUAAUGAAGAUAAGUUUCCGCAAAAGGACCCUUAAAGAUUAUAGUAUAUAAAAAAUAAUAUAAUAUACAAAAAAUAAUAAACCUAUAUUGUGGAUAUAUAAAAAGAAAAAAUUGAAUUAAAUAGUUUUUAUAGAAGGUAGUACGUUUUUUAUAUUAAAAUAAAAUUUAACAUUAAGAAUAUCAUAAUACCUAUAGGAGUUCUGACAGCAGAUACAAUGACCACGUCUUGGAAAUUCAUGAUGUCGCAUUAACUAUUUUAUCAGGAACUCGAAGAAGUACCGUUCACUACCAACGAAAGUAGCAGAAUGCCAUCGGACGAACAGUUUUGAACACCAAUGAUAAGGAACUACUGGGAAUUGGGGAACUAAGCCAGUAAAAAAGGCGUGCGUGUUAUAUAUGUGUUGAGUAUGUGUGUAUGCAUGAUGCAUAUAUAUAUGUAUAUGUAUAUGUUGUAUAAAAUGUUCUGUUGCUAAAUAUCAAUAGAGAUUUCUGUUUUUUUAAAUGCGCUCUUUAAUAAAUAAAUUUUUAUAAAAUUCUAUUACAUUUUUUGAUAUACGUUUAUUGAAACAGAAAAAAAUAAAAUAUUUAUUCAUGGAUAUGGUAAGAUAAUGAUAGUUUAGAAUACUUUAUUUAUUAUGAAUAGAAACCAGUAUAUCGCACAUUUUUAAAAAUUCCAAGGUCAGUACUUGCAUUGCAAAUCCAUUAGAAUUUUACUAAUUUAAUACAGAGAAAAUAGAAAUACGUUUUAAAAGAAUUUUAUGUUCAUAACGGGUUUUAGAUUUAUAACGGGAACUAUUGUCGAGAUUGAAAAUACAUAUGUGUGCGAGAUUGGCAAUUUCUCCAUGUCAUUAACGAUGACUCAACGGCAAUAAUUCAUUAGAGAAUUCCUUUUAAUAACGAGAAGAACUUUAAGAAUAAGUUUUGUUUUUCGUUGUGGCGAGAAAAAGCUAGAAAGAAGACAGAAAAAAAAAGAAAAAAAAAGGAAAGAAAGAUAAAAAGAGAGAGAGAGAGAGGACUAGUUACGCACGACGACGUCAUCAUUAAUGAGAAGCACCGCCGAUAGAGGCGCCGCGAUCGACACUCGUGAACGCAAAGAGCACGAGAGAGAGGCGCUGCCGGCGACGCGCCUCGGUGCUGCUCGUUUGUUUUUACCCAGCGUGCAUUGUGACCAGUGACUGGUGCUAAGAUGGCCGACAACAAGGAGGAGAUUUCGGAGCUCAUCGACAAACGAGCUGCACGGAUUCUACCUGAGAAGACAUUUUCCAGAAGGAUAAUUACAUCUCUAAAAUAAUUUAUGAGGAGUUCACAAUAACGAGGGUGGGUAUUUUUGGAAGUUUGACUGGUUUAUUGGUAAGACGCUCGAAAGGAAAACUUUAUUUAUUUGAGAAGUCCCGGUGUCGAGGAAGUUACGACUUGGCGAGGAUACGAAAUUUCUUCUCUCAUUUCUCUUUCUUUAUUUCUUUAUUUCAUUCUUUCUUUCUUUCUUUCUUUCUUUUUUUUUUUUUUUCUUAAUCUCUUUCGUAUUCUCUCGAUGUCGUUCAUUGUCAAUAUAAAGGGGGAUACGGUCGAUCGAUCGGAUUUUCAACUGGGUCACAUUCGGCAUGCUACUGCUAUCCUUUUUAUUAUUCUUCCGCCAUGCUCGGUUGCUUCAACAUCGGAAGACCUACGUGCUCCUUUUGAUACGGCCCAGAUCAAACUCGUACACGUAUUACAUUUUAUAAGUUAGAAUUUUUCCUUCCGGUAACUUUCCAAUAAAAUAAAAUAAAAAAAAAAAAAAAAAAAAAAAAAAAAAAAAAAAAAAAAAGAAAACAGGAAAAAAAAAAAAAAAGAAA